UUAUUCAUACACACACACACUCAAACGCACACAAACAACAAAAACACCUUCUUAUAAAAAACACACUUUUUCUCCCUCCCACAAUCUCAACAAAAAUUCAAUGAGAUCCGAUGCAGAACCCGACCCGUAUUCCAUACCCAAACUCCCACUCUUCUCCAUGUCACUCCCACACAUCUCCGAACCAUCAGGUAUGUUAACACCACCACUCCAAACCUCAGCUUCGGUCCCAUUCCAAUGGGAAGAACAACCGGGUAAGCCCCGACCCUGUACUGACCUUAUUAUCCAUCCAACUAUAACCCGACCCGAAAAAUCUUUAGACCUUCCUCCAAGACUAGCCAUGUUGGAAUCUUCAAAAUCAUGUUCCCCGACAACUGUACUAGAUGGUCCCGGAGAUCUUGGAGGUAAAUCAUUGUUUUUGUCGGCUUCUUGUAGGUUUAGUAAGGAGAAACGACGUCGUUGGCAAAGGCAAAGGUCAUUUGAUAGUAGUAGUUGUAGUGGUGGGUGGAGUCCUAAUUGUAAUAAUAAUAAUAAUGAUGAGACUAUGUUACUUGGUGGUAAAAAAAAUGAAAAUCAUCAACGUUAUGGUGGUAAUAAUAAAAGUCUUUUUGGGUCAUUUAGAUUAAUGGGUGGUGUUAAUAAGUCAAAAGUUAAUGAUGAUGAGAAGGGUAAUUUCGUCACUUCAUUGGAUACAAAUCAUCAUUUAGUUGAUAAUGGUGGUUUUGAAGAGAAGAAAAUGAAAAAGUUGAAGAGAAAUUUAAGUUUAUCAAAAGUUACAAGGUCUCACUUUUGGGUGGCUAUCUAUGAAGGAUUUAAGCAUGUAGUAGUUCCAUGGAAGAAGAAACCGAAGAAGGAAAGCGUCGAUAGUCUUUGAAUUGAUUGUCUACCACGUGAUGCCGUGAUCAUUUGAUCUGGUUCAUCUAGACUCGAAAAGAGCUAUGUUAACCAAAUGGGAGAUGUUUGUCGUGUAAUUUGAUACAAAAUGUGUUAUGUAAAUUCAUUAUUAUUGUCUUUGUGUGUUAUGAAGGUAUAAUAUCAAGAUUAGCAUUUGUUCGUUGUUCUUUCA